AUGGCCCCCAUCCGCCGCUACCUCCGAAUAAGCAAACACACGAUCCUCGAAUGUCGCAUCUACCUCGACAAUCCCUCGGACGCACGCUGGCUCCUCAACACGCGCGUCGCGGACCCGGUCCUCCCCCGGAUAUUUGCCGCGAUUCGGCCGCUGGUUCGGUUGAAGUUGAGGGAGGAGAGUGAGCGGGUGAUGGCGAGGAAGAAGGGGGGUGUUACUAAGGAUGUUGUUUCGGAUGAGGAUUUCGAGGUGGCGUUGUUUCUGAGAGAGUCGAGGACGAGACAUUCGUUGCUUACGAGGGAGAAGGAGUUUGGGGAGGGAGGGGGUGGGAAGGGGAAGGCAGUUGGAGGGGAGAUCCUCAUUGAGAGUGAUGAGGAGGGAUCAGAGGUGCAGAUGCAGAAUAUCCCGCAUGCGAGUGAUGUUCAUCAUGAUACUGGGAGCGGGAACAAAAGGCAGCAAGAGGCAGAUGACUCGCCGGAUAGGCAGCGCGGAUCGAAGCGGAGAAAGGAUGAGUUACAGGCAGCGGAUGAGGAGGACAAGAAGAUGCGCUUCAGGACGAAUUACGAGGGAUUCAAUAUCUAUGGUUGGGUACUGUGUCUGCUGGUCACUCGGAAAGGGGACAGAGCUGAAACCAAGGCAUCGGAGCCGGGUCGGCAGGUUCUGAUGGAGGAAUGGAUCUCUACGCAGGCUCAGGGUGAUCUGCCCGAGGAAUGA